UAUUUCCACUGUAAUCCAUAGUUGGUAGUCUUCGAUUUAUUGUGCAUUACCUAAGUAUUUUCUUUUUGAACACAUACAAUUUGACGAAAAAUAUAAAUUUUAUUUUACAAUGGCCGAAGAAGUGCAAAAGAAAUGGCAAAAAGAAUUCGAAGUUUUUAAUAAUUUAAAAAAAGAAUACCACAAGGCAGUAACACAGAAACAGCAAUUGGACAGUCAAUUGAACGAAAAUAAAGCUGUAAAAGAAGAACUUUUAUUAUUGAAAAAGGAUGCUGAAGUCUACAAACUCAUUGGACCAGUUUUAGUAAAGCAAGACUUAGAAGAAGCAAAACAAAAUGUGGCCAAACGAUUAGAAUAUAUCAGUAAAGAAAUAAAAAGAUCGGAUGGAAACAUUUCAGCUUUAGAAAAUAAACAAGAAGCUGUGCAUGAAAAUCUAAAUAAAUUGAAAAGUAACCUGGAUAAUUUGAAAAUUGCUGCCUAGAUAACACUGUUUUGUAUAAAAAUAAAUUGUGGUAUUUU